GCACUGUAUUUGGGAAAGCCAUGCGAUUAUAACUACUUGAAUCAGUCCAAGUGCUAUACGUUGGAUGGCGUGGACGAGGCCUAUGAGUUCGCACGACUGCAACAGUCGAUGGAAAUGGUAGGCUUUUCGCCGGAGAAACAGCACCGGUGCUUUCGGGUGCUGUCGGCCGUGUUGCACCUUGGUAAUGUGCAGUUUGCCAAAAAGUCGACUUAUCACUCCGACGAGACGGUGCUCAUCAGCAACCGGCACGAGUUGGACGUCAUCUCGAAGUUGUUGUUAGUGAAAGAGGAGACUCUGCUAACGGCGCUCACCUGUAAGCGCACCAAAGCUGCCAAAGGAGAGACACUUGUCAUCAACUAUAAGAUGCCCGACGCCAUAGCGGCUAGGGAUGCAAUGGCUAAGUGUCUGUACGGUGCACUAUUCGACUGGAUUGUCAUGCAAGUGAAUCACGCGCUCCUAUCUAAGAAGGAUUACCGGGAUCAUAAAGGUCACUAUAUCGGAGUGCUCGAUAUAUUCGGUUUCGAGGACUUUGGCGAUCAGAACAACUUCGAGCAGUUUUGCAUAAACUACGCGAAUGAGCACCUACAGUUUUACUUCAACCAACACGUGUUCAAAUACGAACAGGAAGAGUACAUUCGCGAGUCCAUCAAUUGGCGUAAUAUAGACUUCAUCGACAACGUGGACUGCCUGACCCUUGUGGAGGGCCGUCCACACGGCCUACUGUACCUGUUGGACGACCAGUGCCAAUUUCCGGGCGCCACCAACGACACUGUGCUCCAGAAGUUCGUGAACCACCAUAAGGGCAAUCCGUUGUUCGAAGUGCCGCCGAGUCGACCGGCGCCCGGCUUCGCCAUCAAACACUACGCCGGAAAAGUCAAGUAUCAGAUCAGAGACUUCCGCGAGAAAAACAUGGAUCUCAUGCGUCCCGACAUCGUGUCAGUGCUCAAGGUUUCGCAGUUGGCGUUUGUCAGAGAACUGGUGGGCGCCGACCCAUUGGCCAUAUUUCGGUGGCAAAUAUUGAAGGCCUUCUUUCGGGCCUACUUUAUAUUCACUAAAUUAAGGGAAAUGUCGAAAAUGAAGAGAGGUCUGAACGAUAACUACAUAAUAAAUGAGAUCUCAAACACUCGUAGGAGUCGCACGUCAUUUGAUGGCAAAAGGUUGUUGCAUGGCCGUCCGGACACGGCUAACGGCACGGGCGGACCGGGACGUAACGGGUCUGACGGCACGAUUCCCACGGCUCCGGUUUCGCGCAUAUCAAAGGCCAUACUUAGCAAACAGGCCCUCUUCGGGGCGGUGUCGACACCGCAAUGCAUCCGAGGGUCACUCGUAAAGACCUCCUCAUCUUUGUGUCCAAUGCAUGGAAGCCAACACUCCCUGUGCUCUAACGACGCCAAAGUGCUGUCCAAAGCCAAUAAAAUACUAAUGAAACACAAGACAAUAGCCCAACAAAAGCUACAAAUUAAAAGCAAAGGCAUCGAGAAGUCGAUCAAAAACCUGAAAACACUGAAACAACUGAUGGCGCCCACGACAGGAGCCAGUAGUCACUCGCAGCCAUAUCACGGCAAAGCGCACAACCACCACAACACGAUAUCCCGGUCGGGGCGUAAGCAGACCCCCACCGUCACCCACCAGUUCCAGUCGUCGCUGCAACAGUUGAUGGAGGCGCUCAAUCUGGCCAACCCUUUCUUCGUGCGCUGUAUUAAGUCGAACGGCGAUAAGAUAGCCAACCAUUUCGAUGAUGUACUGGUGCUCUUACAGCUCAGGUAUACCGGUAUGUUGGAGACGGUGAGGAUCCGACAGUCGGGGUAUAGCGUGAGACUCAGUUUCGACGAGUUUAUACAACACUACCGCAUACUACUGCCCAAAGGCCUGUUGUCCAGUCAGUCCGAUGUCAAGCAGUUCCUGUCGCUCAUGAAUCUCAAUAGAGAUGACUAUCAGAUCGGAAAGUCUAAGAUAUUUAUGAGGGAAUCAGAGAAACUCAUACUCGAUGAGAGACUACACCAGGAAAUACUCAGACGUAUUGUCACACUUCAGCGAUGGGUGAGGACGUGGUUGUUGCGCAAGCGGUUCAAGGAGAUGAGGGGAGCGGCUAUUAUUAUCCAGUGCCACACCAGACGAUGGAUGGCUCAACAAAGGCUGUCCCGACUGAAAAGGAUCGCCACAUACGAGAAUUGGGCCGCAAAUUGCAUACAAAAGAAUUGGAGAUCUUUUAAACAGAAACAGUGGUUCGAAAGGCUGAGGCAGUCGACGGUGGCCUUCCAGGCCCACUGCAGAGGCUUUCUCACCCGCACACGACUCGCCUCCACCACUGCCACCACAACCGCCGCAAUGCCUUCCACUCAUACAUCCGUUCCCACACUCGACACUAAACUGAGUACAAGUGCGGCCAUUAUUACUGCCAUUCCCGAGGCCGACAGUCUCACCAAACUGUCUUCCGACCAAUCAUUACAUCACUUCCGCACAAACGAGUCUCAAAUACCUAUGGAUUCUCAAUCGUAUCACUCGGACGAGGCUUUCCUUUCGAAGGGAUCGUCACAGGAGGAGUUGUUGGACUCACUGCCCAUUCAAUGUAGUACUCAAUCAUCAUCGCUGCCACACCUGGACGUGAGGCCUAGACAUCGGAUGGUCGGCACUGAGCCAACACUUGCCGAUCAAAUUCGGGCCAAAGAAUCAGAGGACUCGUCGGGUAUUCACGAAGACAUUGAGGAUUCCGAUCCAGACUUGCCCUGCGCUGGCAGUAUAGGUGCCGGCCGUCUGCCGCCUGUGAUGCCCCACAAGCGCCUGUCCACUGAUAGACCACUGCAGGCGUAUGACGCCGAGGAGGAGGAGGACGAGUCCGAGUUGUUUGGUGUUGAAUACGAUCGUGAAUUAGAGGAUAAAUCACGACUUGAUAGGCGCCGCAAUCGAGUCGUACGCAAACUGUCACUCAAAAAGUCAAAAUCUAGUAAAACAGUUGCAGAGGACAAGACUGUCGGACAAGACUUGAGUCCAACCAAAUACGGCGACACCAGCAGAGAUCACAGACAGUUAACGAAGAUAUCGAGCGACUCAUCGGCAUUGAUAUCCACUCAUAAGCAACGGAUUCAACACUUUGUGGAGCCUUUAGAGCCUCAGAAUGUGGUAAAAGAGGCGAAACUGUCCAAAACGGGACUAACAUCUCAUGUGACAGCCAGUGGACAGCCUGCGCCACAAGUCAAGAGCUCGUCAUCCCUGAGCGAUAGUGUCGGUGCCCUUCAAAAGGCUAAGAAAACACUGAAGACUUUCAUUGGAAAGAGUAGUUCAUCGGAAAAGUGGGCUAAAAGUCAAGCGAAAGGGUCGCACUCGUCGAUGCAAACGGCCGUCUGCUACGACUCAGGUCCGGAGGAGGUGUCGCUGUUGUGCUCGUCUAGUCAUAGGUCGGCGCAGGGGAAGCGUCCGUCCAAGUCAUUAGAGCCGAUGCCCGCCCCGCCUGUACCGCCCGUCAGAGACUUCUCGCUAAUGAACGGCCACUCCAUGCGCUCUCAGUCACAGUUCCGGUCGGGAGAGUUGUGCGCCGUAUGUGAGAACGCCAUGUCCUUUAGGGGUCAACCCACGGGCGCCGGUGUCCGGUGCGACGAAUGCCGGCUACUGUUCCACAACAAGUGCGUCCACUCUUCCCAUCAGAUCCCGUGCCGAUCCAAUUUGACUCAACACUCGGCCUCAGCCUCUGCCGUAAUGUUGGCUCCUAUUAAUGCAAACCCUUCAAGACCUCCGCGCUCUAAGAAUCGAAAGGGCGGUAAAAAUUGGCAAAAACUAUCGGCCAAAGAGAAUACCGGCGCCAAUGCCAACGCCAACGACACACCGUCGACCCGCUCGCAGUCAGUACGCGACAGCCAAACGAGCGCCGGUGGCUCGGGAUGGCUGGUGACCCGGACGGCUGAGUUCGUCGAUCCCCGCGAUAUAUUGAUCACCGAUUGUGACGAAUUGCAAGUAAUGGACGCCUUUAUCCUGAAGAAGGUCUAUGAGAUGGAUGAGGAGAAACGCCGGUCCCAUAAGGAGUCUACUGUUGAUGUGGUGUUCAAACUGGCGCUCAAGGAGUUCCGCUCCAACUUAAUCUCUACUUACUCUGUGGCCGCACAGGACGGACAUCUCAAACUCACCUACAAAAACCUUAUCGACCAUUUCGAACAGGUGAUCCGCAAUAUAUGUCAGAAGGAGAACACAUGGAAGUCAUUUCCAGUGAUAAUGGUAAUGGACGCCUUUAUCCUGAAGAAGGUCUAUGAGAUGGAUGAGGAGAAACGCCGGUCCCAUAAGGAGUCUACUGUUGAUGUGGUGUUCAAACUGGCGCUCAAGGAGUUCCGCUCCAACUUAAUCUCUACUUACUCUGUGGCCGCACAGGACGGACAUCUCAAACUCACCUACAAGAACCUUAUCGACCAUUUCGAACAGGUGAUCCGCAAUAUAUGUCAGAAGGAGAACACAUGGAAGUCAUUUCCAGUGAUAAUGGGUGUCAACGCAUUCCGUGGAUAUUUGGAUCAAUUGAGACACAAACAGAUGGAAAUGAGAGGCGAU